AUGAAAGUUAUGAAUCCUUAUUCCCCUUAUGGCAUCCUGAGAGAGCGAAAUCACAGGGAUGAAAACCACAAUCACGUUACUGUGUGGGAGCGGCUUGGGCCGAUCAAUCGGUCAGAAGGGCAGGAGAGAAGUGUGUCAGAAGUGGACUUGGAGCCUGAACUAGAAGAAGAACCACGAUUCAGCCGCUUCAGGGCUGAGCGCCCGCCGCGCCCUGUGCAAUCAGCUGCACCAGCAGACCCCAGUGUAAGGGUGUCUAACAGAGGCAGAGUGAGCACUGGACGCCGAGGAGGACGGGACCGUCACCCACCCCCUCCUGCUGAGGCACCCCAAGCUGCUGAGGCGCCCCAAGCUGCUGCGCCCCAGGUUGCUGAGCCCCAAGUUUCUGCGCCCCAAGUUGCUGAGCCGCAAGUUGCUGUGGGUCCUGCGCCACGUCGUGGUGGCAGGGGGGGAGCCUUGAAGAAAUACUCACCCAUGUUUGCAAGGAGCUAUGUAAGUCUCUCACUUUUUUAUUUAGUGAUGAUUCAUAUGUGUGAGCAAUGUCAAUGUACUAAUCGCAGUGAUUUCUGUUACAGAAAAUGGCUAAAGCAGAGCAAGCCAAGCGUAAAUAGCGCUAAUGUGUACGGAGUGAACUGA